UUAGCACAGCUUGUCCAUCUUGUAUUAGGUUGCCAGAUCUAGCAUGCAUGUCUGCCUGCAUGUUGUUUUUGUCUUCGUGUCUGAAUACACUUUGUGCCAUUAAACCUCUGCAUCUCAUCUAGCAAAUUAUUCAGCACCGCACCAAGAAGACCCAGCAGCCUUCAUUCUGGAGGGAAAGGCCCCAGUCGAGUUCAGCAGGGCGGGCGGAGAUGAUGAGGAGGCCAGGUCCCUGAGUCCCAGCCAUGCUGCUCUGCCUCUGACCCAGACAGAGAGCCCUGGACCCUGGCAGAGCGAGAGCCUGUUGGCUGAGUCAUGGUCCACAAUGGGAGACGCAGACCCUGAGGACACUAAGAGCCUGGACAGUAGUGAGGGUGCUGUCCUGGCUGGAGAGGAGAACCACUCCUCCAACUCCGACAUGGUCCACCUGGAGCGUGAGGAGGCUGAGAUGCUAGAAGAAGCGGAGAGGGCAGCAGCAGAGUCCAGAGAGGAGGAGAGGAGGAGAAUAGAGGAGGAGGAGGAGGAAGAUGAGGAGAUGCAGACCAGUGUGUUAAGUGUAUUGGGUGGGGAAAAGGAGCUGGUUGAGCUCAGGGAGGAGGAACAGGACCUCCAAGCCCCUGAAACUGAGGGGCUCCUGGUGUCAGCAGAGGAGCCUCACAUGGAGAAAGAGCCUGCAGAGUUCAUGCAAGUGGUUCCCCCAAUGGCCCUGCCUCCUCUGCCUAUUGUGAAGCUUGAUCCACCUUCCAGCACAUCCACACCAGUCCCUACAACCGGAUCCUUCGAAGCAGAGGAGCUGUUGUCUGCUCAGGGCCUCCAUCCUCCUUCUAUUCUUGCACCGAUGGCAGCGGAGCCUCCUGUACAGAGUCAAACACUCGACCACUUAAAAUUCUCACAGAUUUCUCUCUCUGAUGCAGAGGAACAUUCAGUUAAAACCUCGCAGGUGACAGCUGAGACCCCGGAGCCACAGUUCUCGAGUCCCAAAACUGGCAAACCUUCGAGCUCCACUGAGCUGCCGAUGCUGCUGUGUGGAGGCGCUGCUUUAGUGGCUGUUAUAGGUGUAGUAGCAUAUGGAGCUGUGGCCUACUGUAGAAAGUGAAAAAUGUCACUUUGAAUCCCCAUUUACUUUUAUUAAGUACAUUUUGACAAUCUAUUCCAAAUGAAAUAUUCCAUCUCACUCUCCCACUUCUGGAUUUUACUCUGUAUUGUAGUUAAAAUAAUUUGAUGUAUUGGAAUAAUUUUGUGCUACCUCAGCUCACAGCAGAAUUAAUGGCCUUUAUUUUUCUGUUUUCAGUAAAUCUAAAAAAAAAAAAAAUCUUUAAAUUGUAAACUAGGAAUGUAAAAUCAUGUAGAAUUUUAAAGAAUCUUGAAACUUGAAGUGA